AUGGAGUUUGCGGCAGCCCUAGAAGACCUCCAAACAGGGGCCAGCUGUCCCAUCUGUCUGGACUACUUGAAAGACCCCGUGACUAUCAACUGCGGGCAUAACUUCUGUCUCUCUUGCAUCAGUGAGUCCUGGAAGGAUCUGAGAGAUAAUUUCCCCUGCCCCUUCUGCCUGCAUUGCUCUCCAGAAAGGAAGUUCACAAGCAAUCCCCAGCUGAGCAACUUGAUUGAGAUUGCUAAGCAACUACAGGUAAGAAGAAGCAAGAGGAAGAGGGAAGAAGAGAAGCUUAUGUGUGAAAAGCAUAAUCAGGUUCUGACCUUUUUCUGUGAGAAGGACCUAGAAGUUUUAUGUCCACGGUGUUGUUUCUCCGCUGAUCACCAGACUCACUAUAUUUGGUCCAUAGAGAAGGCUGUUCCCCAUCAUAGGAGAAGAUUAGAGAAUUGUACUGAAGCAUGGAAGGAGAGAAUAGAAAACUCUGAAAAGGUGAUAGCAAUGCAAACCAGAAAAUCAUUGGAACUGAAGAAGAGGGUAGAAUAUAGGAGGGAAGAAAUAAAGUCCGAAUUUGAGCAACUUUUGUUUUUUCUGAAAAACGAGCAAGAAACUAUUCUUCGAGAAUUACAAGAUGAAGAAGAGGGCAUUUUAAUGAAACUAAAAGAAAACUUAACAACAUUUUCAGAUCAUCUUUCCACAUUAAAAUAUCUGUUAAAGGAGAUUGAGGGCAAACGUAUGCAGACAGAGCUGGAAUUACUGACAGAUGUUAAAGAUAUCUACCAUAUAUAUAAAACCUUACAGUCUCCUGCCCUUUAUUCAUUCCAGUUAAGGGAAUAUGGCUACCAUCUUCCUCCACAAUAUUCUGGCCUAAAUAAAAUUAUCAAGCAAUUUCAAGUAGAUGUAAAGCUAGAUCCUGACACAGCACAUCGUAAGCUUGUUAUCUCGGAAGAUAGAAAAACUGUGCAAUACGGAAAAAAAAUACAUAACUUACCUCCUAACCCAAGGAAGUUUUUUCUCUACCCUGCUGUUCUGGCUUCCUGUGGUUACGAUGCUGGCAGGCAGUAUUGGGAGGUGGAAGUGAAAGACAACCCUUUGUGGAUCGUUGGUGUCUGCAAAGACUCUAUUCCCAGAAGGAGAAGGCACCACAAUCAACCAAUGUUAGUGCAGGAUGGAUUAUGGGGUGUUGGGCGUUGUACUCCGAGUACUUACAUUGCAUUGGGUCCUAAAAAAGUUUAUCUUAUGCCAAAAACAAUACCCAGAAAGAUUGGCGUUUUUUUAGACUGGGAAUUGUGUGAGAUUUCUUUUUACAACUUGAGUGAUAGAUCCCUUCUCUAUAGUUUUAGCUGUUACUUUACAGAAAAACUUUGGCCGUAUUUCUAUACUGUAAGUAACUCAGUCCCUCUUAAACUCUGUGCAGUAACAGAUUCUGAAUGA